AUGGCUGGCGGACCCAAGAAAUGUUUGUCUUUCAUUGGAUUCAGCCUUAUCUGUCUUAAAAUGGUUGCUUCAGCAAAUACAGCUCCUGAAAUACCCUCUAUUGAUCAGGCAUAUUCAAAAAUCAGCACCAGCAUCACUGUGGAAUGGGCCACAGUGCCAGGGGCCACCAGUUAUCUUCUCACGGCUGAAGAUGGAGACACUGUCAUUGAAACCAUGGUGGCCAAUUCCCCAGGCACUGUGACAGGCCUGAAGGCUGCAACCUUGUACCAAAUCACUGUCAGAUCUGUCAGUGCCACUGGGAGAAGCCCAGCAUCGCUUCCAAAGCAGGCCAAGACAGUGUUGGCUGCACCAAUUCUAGAAGUAAGCUCUCCAAGUCCAGACUCUAUUCUUGUGCAGUGGGAAGCUGUAUAUAUGGCAAUUGGAUUCUCUGUGUCCAUUAUGCAAGCCAAUGGUUUGGGUAGAAUAUGGAAAGAGAAUACCACAAACACCUCCUUGACAUUCACCAGGUUAGAUGCUGGGACUCUCUACACCAUAAAGGCCUAUGCAUGGAAUGCCAAUGGAACCCCUGGGGACGACUCCACCUGCAAUCAGAGAACAAGUCCUCGUGCCCCUGCCAGCAUUCAAGUCUCUCUUGACAGUGGGGCUCUGAAGGCUUCUGUUUCAUGGGCCCCAACGGAAGGAGCAUUCAACUAUACCGUGAUGGCUUUGAGUGACUCUUCGGAGCUGAGCUGUAGUACGACUCGCAGUGCCUGUACUAUCUCCUCCCUACAGUGUGGGACUGAGUACCUAAUUUCAGUUUUAGCAAGUAAUGAUGCUGGGUCUAGCAAGUCAACUUCAUCAGAGGCCCUAAAAACUGUUGCCUGUGCACCUGGAAGAGUGACCGUCCAAGAAGAUCCUCCGGGCCACCUGUCUGUGGCUUGGUCCAAUGUAGAUCUGGGUGAUUACUAUGUGGCCUUUGUGAAGAGUGAUGAUGGCUUGGAAGUCCACUGCAACACAUCCCUCACCCAGUGCAAUUUCUUAUCUGAAUGUGGCUUCACUUACUUUAUUAGUGUUUUUGCCUAUAACAAGGCAGGGCAGAGUCCUCUGGGCGAUGUGUUCAAUUAUACCACAGCCCCCUGUUGUCCUAGCGAUAUUAACCCUGUGUUGGUGUCCAGUGACAGAGUAGAGAUUGUCUGGUCUCCUGUCCGUGGUGCCGAACUUUAUGAAACCAAGGCUGUAGAUGGGUUCAAAGUGGUUGAGUGCAAUGACACCGCUCCUGCUUGCACCCUCUCCGCUCUAGAGUGUGACACCAAGUACAACGUCACAGUGUAUUCCUUCAGCGAAGUCCGGGGCAGCAAUAUGUCAUGUACUUCCCGAUUUGUAACCACAGCUCCUUGCAGUCCCGAAAUAAAAAACGUUUCAAAGGAUGCAUUCUCCAUGAUGCGUGUGCACUGGCGAUCCACUAAUGACGAUGCCACUUACACGGUGACUGCCCAGGGGGAGAAAGGGCUGUAUCGGUGCAGCAGCACGGGAGAGUCCUGCGUGGUGGGGAGCUUGCCCUGCGGCUCCGUGUUCUCCGUCACUGCGGUGGCUGAAACACAGGCAGGGCGGAGCCUGCCCAGCUUCAGUGUGCCCCUGGAAACAGUGCCGUGCUGUCCAGCUGGUCUGACAGUAACUCAGGUCACCCAAUCAGUAAUCAACGUGAGCUGGACUGUUGGGACCGGGGCCCAAACCUAUGUGACAGUUCUGGAGUCACACACCGGACAGUCUAAGUGUCUCACCCAUCAAAACCAGUGCCUCCUGGGAUGCAUCACAUGUGGCGUCAAUUACACAGUGGCAUUAAAAGCGAUUAGUGCCACUGGGUUGACUGCAGACUGCACCUACCAAAGUUAUUCCUCUAGUGCCUGCUGCCCUUUGGGAGUGAAAUUAUAUAGGCUGAGCCCUAAUGGCAUCCGAAUCUACUGGCAAGCCUCCAGGGGCUCUACCAAUUAUAGCACUGACCUCUACGGUUCUAAAGGCAUUUUCACCUGUGCCCCAAGAGCUGGCCUCAGUUUUUGUGAUGUCACCGAGAUACCCUGUGGGGAUGUAUAUACCGUGAUGGUCUCACCAGUUGCUGAGACAGGACUGAAGCUUACUUUCUGUCCAAAAAAAAUCUAUUCAGUAACCUGCUCUGGAAGUACACUUGGAAUGGUGAUUUACCGAGGGAAAAGAAAUGCAGAAUAACACACUGAGCCACAAACAAAAACAGAGGCUGGACCUAAGUUGACUCGAUUGUUAGUGCGAUUAGAGGUGGAAAAGCUCUAUUACAAUACAAAAUACCUCUAGGGUAGAUAAGCUCUUUUGGCCUUUAGACCGCAACUCAGACUCCACUCCCUGAAGGCAAGCAAGGUCAGGUGUGUCCUCACCUGUGCAGGAGUUCAAGCUCUGAUGUGGAGAGGACUCAGUUGAGAAAUGAAUCCAGAAAGUCCUCUGGAAGACUGCCAGAGUGAGCUAGCAUGCUGGGAAAGUUCUGGAAACGUGAAAGGUCUGCUGAGAAGGAACUCUUUCUGAAAUUUCACAUCCAGACACCACACAGACUUCAACACAUCCACUUUAUAGGUAGUUCACAGACACCCUUGCCAAGCAUCCCUCUCUCCGUUCAAGGGCUGCAAAUGUUCACUUGGAGAGCUUGAAAUCAAGCCACCACACAGAGACACUGCUCAUCUCAAGACAGACCCCCAGCAGGACCUUGGCAUAGUUUGGAGAGCAACAGCUGCCAGGGCAACCUGUAGUAACAAACACCCUCAUCUUAAGUUCGGAGGAAGCCAAGUUGCUGGUAGUGUUCGCCGAGACAAAGCAUCGUGUGAUGUUACCUCUGCACAAGCAUCUGGGAAAGCCAAACUGCCGGCCUGUUGCUAGGAGGAUUGCAGUCAUGGUUUUGAGUGAGCAAAGCCUUCGAUGGAGCAAUGGCCAAGGCAAAGCCUUACACUGUGGCAGACUGACAUCCAUGCAUCUUUUUCGGGGAGGACCAUCGAUCUUGCUGGUGGUAUCCCCCACUCACACUGUGCUAUUUUCACCUUUGGAGAGGAAAGACAAUGAUAUCUAAUAUAAAUCUGUCAUACCUAGAAAAAUGUUUGUCCUUUGAAUGUCAAUAACAUUAUUAAAAAAUAGUGUGAGUGGGAUUGCAUAACACACAUGACCAUAGUGCUACUCCCCAAAAGCAUAGCCAUGGAGCCAAGAAUGUCUGUAGUUAGGUACAACGGUAAAACUCUGCCCAAAGGGAA